AUGAGCGCCUCCGAGUCGCAGGAGGCUGCGGGGAGGCCGCAAUCUCCCCGCAGCUUUGCCAUUGCGCACCAGAGGCCGAGAAGCAGCUUUGUCGGGUGCUCCAAGAUUGCCGACUACGAGGUGUUGGGGAAACUGGGCGAGGGUACCUUUGGAGAGGUUUACCGCGCGAGAUCGAGAAAGACGGGUGCUUUGGUUGCGCUCAAGAAGAUCAUCAUGCAUAACGAAAAGGAUGGCUUUCCGAUUACGGCAUUGAGAGAAAUCAAGCUGCUCAAGCUACUGUCGCAUCCAAACAUCCUCCGACUGGAGGAUAUGGCAGUGGAACACCCGCCCAGGAGUGCGGACAAACGAAAGCGACCCAUCAUGUACAUGGUCACGCCCUACAUGGACCAUGACCUGUCGGGCUUGCUCGACAACCCCUCGGUGACAUUGACCGAGCCGCAAAUCAAGUGCUACAUGCAGCAACUGCUCCAGGGCCUGGAGUAUCUACACGCCAAUCGCAUUUUGCACAGAGAUAUGAAGGCUGCCAACCUGUUGAUCAACAACAAGGGCAUUCUUCAGAUUGCUGAUUUCGGUCUUGCGAGACACUACGAGGGCAAGACACCACAGCCUGGUCACGGCGGUGGGGAAGGAACGCGUGACUACACUGCUUUGGUGGUCACGCGCUGGUACCGCCCGCCCGAGUUGUUGAUGCAUCUCAAAAGAUACACCACAUCGAUUGACUUGUGGGGAGUUGGGUGUGUUUUUGGCGAGAUGCUAGUUGGCAAGCCCAUUCUCACCGGCGAAUCUGAUGGGCACCAGUUGGAGUUGAUAUGGGACCUCUGCGGUACGCCCACCAUCGAGACAAUGCCUGGGUUGAAAGACUUGCCUGGAGCCGAAGCGAUGUCACCCAAGCCGCGACAAGGUAACCUGGGGCAAAGGUUCAGAGAAUACGGCUCGGGUGCCAUCUCGUUACUUCGAGAGCUUCUCAAGCUGGACUGGAGGAGCAGAAUCAACGCUCAUGACGCCCUGCAGCACCCUUACUUCCGCAACCCCCCAUAUCCCGCCAAGCCAGAAGAACUGCCGUCUUUCGAAGAAAGUCACGAAUAUGAUCGUAAGAAGUACCAUGAGAAAAGAACCGUGUUGCCUCCAGCGCCCAGGGGCGGUACCGUGGGCCGCGGUCCCAACAAUGACGGCGAUGGCUACAGGAACAGCGGUGGCCCCGGCGGAAGAGGCUAUCCUCGGAACAACAACAACCGCAAUUUUGGUGGUCCGGCCCCGGCACCAGACGAGCGAGUGCCCGCUUGGCACAGAGACACCAGGCUUCCACCGCGCCCACCUCCACCUGCAGACUAUGGCAACGGCCGUGAUCGAGCUCCUCGUGGAGGUGGCGGAGGAAAUCGUCAGGACGUCGAUACGUAUAUCCCCAGUUAUGAUAGGGACGCUCCAAGACGAGACGAUCGGCGGAGGGACGACAGGCGAGACCGCGGAGGCCCAGGGGACAGGAGGAGGGGGGAUUAUGAUGACCGCACAAGGAGCAAUCGCACGCGCAGCAGAAGUCGGUCACCUCUGCCGCCAAGAGACCGCGAUAGGGACAGGGACAGGGACAGGGACAGAGAUCGGCCACCUCGCGAUGGUCCACCGCAUCCUAGAUAG